AUGCCCGCCGUCCACUCCCGAUCCGCCUGCGGAUGCGCCUGCAGUAGCGGCGGCGGCGGAUGCGGUAGUAAGGGCGCCGCCCGUCCUAGGGGCCCGACGACGGCGUACAUUGCCCUCGGCAGCAACCUUGGUGACCGCGUCGGCUGGAUCGAGCAGGCCUGCACCGAGAUGGACCGCCGCGGCAUCAAGGUGAAGCGCACAAGCAGCCUCUGGGAGACGGAGCCCAUGUAUGUUCUAGAUCAGGAUAGAUUCGUCAAUGGAGCAUGCGAGGUCGAGACUGAGCUUGAACCCCUAGCCCUUCUCGAUGAGCUGCAGGAUAUCGAGCGCACGCUUGGUCGUCAAAAGUUUAUCGACAAGGGCCCUCGGAAUAUCGACCUCGACGUUCUCAUGUAUGGUGAUGAGAAGAUUGACCAUCCACGCCUUACCGUUCCUCACAUCGGCAUCCCUGAACGCGAGUUUGUCCUGCGCCCUCUUGCAGAACUCAUUCCCAACAAGCCCCUUUAUGCAUCCAACCCAUGGAAGCUCACCCUCGACUACCUUAAUGAGCUGCCUCCAGCGGCAGCACCACUCUCACCACUGACUCCCAUCUCAGCCGGCCAUGAGCCCCUUCUCUCUCUCGCCUCUAGCCGCAAAACUCACGUCAUGGCCAUCAUCAACGUCACACCAGACUCCUUCUCCGAUGGCGGCAUUCACACCCCCGAGAACCUCAUCUCAACACUGCGAUCCUUCGCCAAAGCCGGCGCCACCAUGAUCGACGUCGGCGGCGCCUCCACCGCCCCAGGUCGCCCCGAGGUCCCCGCCGACCAGGAGCUGGCCCGCGUCCUCCCCGUCAUCAAGCUCGUCCGAAGCCUCCCCGAGCUCUCCCACCUCGCCCUGAGCGUCGACACCUGGCGCGCCUCCGUCGCCGAGGCCGCCGUCAACGCCGGUGCCGACAUCAUCAACGACGUCUCCGCCGGCCUGCUCGACCCGGCCAUGAUCCCCUACAUGGCCCGCAGCAAGCGCACUGUCUGCCUCAUGCACAUGCGCGGCACCCCGGAGACAAUGAACUCCCUGACGGACUAUCCUGACGGCCUGAUCCCCACCGUCGCCCGCGAGCUGCUCGAUCGGGUCGCCGAGGCCGAGGCCGCGGGCGUGCGUCGCUGGCGCAUCAUCCUAGACCCCGGCCUAGGUUUUGCCAAGACGGGCGCCCAGAACCUCGAGAUCCUCCGCCACAUGGACGAGCUCCGCUCGUGGCCCGGUCUCGAGGGCCUUCCCUGGCUGCUGGGCUCCAGCCGCAAGAACUUCAUCGGCAAGAUCACCGGCGUGCUGAAGCCGCAGGAGCGCGUGUGGGGUACGGCGGCCACGGUCGUCUCGGCCAUCCAGGGCGGAGCGGACAUUGUGAGGGUUCACGAUGCUGUUGAGAUGUGCCAGGUGGUCAAGAUGGCGGAUGCGAUUUACAGACAAUGA